AAACCCUUGUUUCUCUUUCUCUCUCUUUCAUCUCAUCCAACGGCCCACCGAAAUCCUGAGCCACCCCUUUCGAUCCUAACCGUUCCUUCUUUAAUUUCAUCAUAAUUUAGGCUUUUUGUCCCUUCCUUCGCUUAGGUGUAGUUUUGUGGUUGAUUUUUAAGUUGCUGGUUGUUUAGGUUAGGCCUCCUCCCUCCUCUCUCUCCUCUCUUCUCUUCUCUUCACUUCAUCAUUGGAGGAAUCCAAAUUUGAUAAUGGGUACAACAAUGCAGGUUCCUCCGUGGCUGGAGAGGCUCUUAAACACAUCUUUCUUCAACAACUGCCGCAUCCACGGUGACGCGGCCCGCGGCGAAUGCAACAUGUAUUGCUUGGAUUGCAAUGCCGAUGCCUUCUGCUACUACUGCCGCUCCUCCAAACACAAAGACCAUCAAGUAAUUCAGAUACGGAGAUCUUCAUACCACGAUGUGGUGAGGGUUUCGGAGAUUCAGAAGGUUUUGGACAUCAGCGGAGUUCAGACAUAUGUAAUAAACAGCGCAAGGGUUUUGUUCCUCAACGAGAGGCCUCAGCCGAAAGGCGGGAAGGCCGUCUCUCAUCUCUGCCAAAUCUGCGGGAGAAGCCUCUUGGACACAUUCCUCUUCUGCUCUUUGGGAUGCAAGGUUGUAGGGAUAAAGGGCAAUGGGUUAAUUAGCGAAGGAACAUCGACAUCGGCAUCGGCAUCGGCAUCGGCAUCAUCACCAAGAAGAGGAAAUUACAUGGAGAGAGAUGAAGAGGGGGAAUUGCGUGAGGGGUCACAACAAGACAUAUACCCGCCCACGCCCCCUCCACCUCCAAGAUCAAGAAGAAAAGGCAUUCCUCAAAGGGCGCCUUUUAGGUCAUAAUUCUUUCUUUUUGCCUAAUACUUUUCUUCAAAUUUAAAUUAAGGCUCAUAAUUUACUCCUAAAUACAACUCACAUUUUGGGGUCCUUGUCCCAAAAAGAAGCAAUUAUAGGUAGCAAAUUUUAAUUCAAAUUGGGGGAUUCUUUCUUUCCUUGGGUGGGUGGUGGGUAGGGGUCCCCCCAACUCAACAAAAAACAAAAUCUGUUGAGGAUGGAAAACAUCAAUAAUGUAAAAGUAUUGUUAUUGAAAUUUGUUUGCAAGGCAAGGGUGUACAUUAAUUAUUGUAAUUAAUUAAGAAAAUUAUAAAAGUACAGUUGGCCA